AUGAGCUAUUACUCGCCUCUGGGCGCUACUUUUGGGGUUCGAAUUGACCGGUUCCUCGAAACCGCGGAAGAUUUCGAUAAAUACCACCAAAAACUCAACCGCAAGCUGCAGAAGUUGAGACAUCAUUGCCGAUUGACAACAAAGGACACUAAGCGGUAUUCAACGAAAGAAAAGUAUUCAAAAAUUACUAGUGAUGACUACGACAAAAACAAGCUCUUCGGAACUCUCAUGCUCUUGCAUGCGGAAAGAGAUCUGGCACUUGUGGAAUCUUUGAAACUGAAGGCACGUCUAAGAGGCGCAAUGAAGAAGAGCGAAAAGAAGGUUGUCAUGACAAGGUUGAGAAAAGCGUGUAAAACUUCAGAGCAGUUAACGGUGCUGACCCAGAAUGAAGGCGAUGACUUUACGCGUGCUGAAUACGCGAUCUAUCACAAGCUCUGCAUUGUAAGCUAUUUCAGCAUGUGCAAACCCUCGAAAACAAGAUACACAAACAAAAUUGCCAAAGAAUUGUCUCUGGCCAUCGCCUCCUUACACUACUUGCAGUCGAAAGAAAAGGUCAGUGAUGAAGUUGCGAGCUCAAUUAUCUCCCAGUUCGAGUACCUCUUGAGGCAACAUGCGGAUGCCGAGGUGUUCACAACAAGCGAGGUGCGUAAUUUUAUAGCCAAACAGGUGCGCCAGAGCUCCGACGAUGUUCUAGUGCAGCUGAUAACUCGGUCCGGGUAUGAGGCACCUAUCGAAGAUUCGGUGAUGGGCUCAGAGAAGUCCAAUCUAAAGGAGGUGCAGUGGAGACGUUUCUCAGCUAAGGUUAGGGACUCCAAGGUUGCAGAGCUUAUUUCAGAAGCCACACAAAUAGAGCCCACCGACCUUGCUCAGUUCAGCAACAAACUGGCCAAGUGGCAGGAGGCUGCAGACGCUCAUAGUGUUUUCAUAGCACAGAAGGAGCGUGAUGAUGAGGACGAGGACGUUGGGGAGGAUGACCAGAUUCUGUUGACAUACAUCAAAUACAAUUCACACUUUACUACAAUCCAACGCGAUGAUAUCGUGUUUCAAAAGCUGUGGGCCCAGUGGAGCAAGAGUGCAAAUAAAUCUAAAAACUUAAAAUUGACGAAGUUCAAGGAAAUCGAGCGUAUUGUUCACAACCUCGCGACGUACCUCCAAGAGGUUAUGGACCUACCUGGUGUGUACUCUGACGACGCGCUCAUGGCAAACUUGAAACUGGCAACAACCUACUAUCAACUACAUCUAACAGCAGGCUGUUUAGCAUCCUUCUACCAAUCCAAGCAGAAGUACCUGGAAGCUCUAGCGCUUUACAUCGAUGGCCAUAAAACUCUUGAGGUGGCUGCCGGCGAGGCAGUUCUACAGGAGCCGCUACCGGGAAACAUUUUGACCCCAGAAAAGGUGGCGGCUUUGGAGGAUUUUAUCAAGGUAUCUUGGAGAGGGGUUAUUUCUCUUGCUGAGUAUGAGAAGAUCGCGUCUCCCGGUGGAAAACCUUCACUUGAACCUUCUCUUAUUGAGAAACUAGGUAACCCUAUAGUUCCCAGAGAUGUCUCUUUGACUAAUCUCUUCCCAACGAGGCCCAUAGUGAGACCCGUCGGUUCCAAGCCAACUUUGUUUGACCUGGCGUUUAAUUACAUCGGUAGUGACAGCCAAACACCGCAAAACGAGCCACUGAUUCCCGAGGAGUCUCGCAGCGUGCCCAAAUCAAAUGACGCGCAGGAAGCUCCGAAGAAAAAAGGCCUUUUUGGCCUUUUCGGCUUGUAA